AUGUCUAUGCAGUUUCCACUGUGUACUGCUACCUACAGAUCUUUUCCAUAUACACAUAUGGAUCUCUUGAAUUCAGCAAUUUAGCAGCCAUGUCCUACAACAGGUACAUUGCUUUACGUUAUCCACUACAGUAUAACGUCAUCAUGACACCCAACAGGGUGUGUAUUUUAAUUUGUGUAAUAUCGUUGUACUCUUUUGCAAAAUUCCUCAUAACACUGUCUUUAACUAUUCGUUUGCAUUUGUGUGGAAAAGUAAUAGACAAAGUGUAUUGUGACAACUACCUGGUAGUGAAACUUGCCUGAUCAACUUCCGACAUGACAGUUAAUAACAUCUAUGGACACUACAAUAUUGUAUUUGUAUUUAUUAUGGAUCCCCAUUAGCUGCUCCCAAGACAGCAGCUACUCUUCCUGGGAUCCAGCAAAAAUUAAGGCAGUAAUAUUCAUUAUAAUACAAUUUUUAAACGUUAAAAUAGAUUUUACAACAGAUUUCACAAUACAUUAAGUGUGUGCCCUCCAGCCACUACUGUACUACAACACACAAUCCAGGUGUAUGUGUGUGUAUAGUGUAUGUUAUGUGUGUGUGUGUGUGUGUGUGUUUGUACCUGUGUGUAUGACUCUUCACAGUCCUCGCUGUUCCAUAAGGUGUUUUUUAAAAUCAGAUUUUACUGCUUGCGUGAGUUACUUGAUGUGGAAUAGAGUUCCAUGUAGCCAUGGCUCAACAGUGCCUUGCAAAAGUAUGAAUAGGUACAGUGCCUUGCAAAAGUAUUCAUCCCCCUUGGCAUUUUUCCAAUUUUGUUACAUUACAACCUGCAAUUUAAAUUGAUUUUUAUUUGGAUUUCAUGUUAUGGACAUACACAAAAUAGUCCAAAUUGGUGAAUUGAAAUAAAAAAAAUAACUUGUUAAAAUAAUUCCUAAAAAUAAAUAAUGGAAAAGUGGUGCGUGCAUAUGUAUUCACCCCCUUUGCUAUGAAGCCCCUAAAUAAGAUAUGGUGCAACCAAUUACCUUCAGAAGUCACAUAAUAAGUUAAAUAAAGUCCACCUGUGUGCAAUCUAAGUGUCACAUAAUCUGUCACAUGAUCUCAGUAUAUAUACACCUGUUCUGAAAGGCCCCAGAGUCUGCAACACCACUAAGCAAGGGGCACCACCAAGCAAGCGGCACCAUGAAGACCAAGGAGCUCUCCAAACAGGUCAGGGACAAAGUUGUGGAGAAGUACAGAUCAGGCUUGGGUUAUAAAAAAUUAUCAGAAACUUUGAACAUCCCAAGGAGCACCAUUAAAUCCAUUAUUCAAAAAUGGAAAGAAUAUGGCACCACAACCAACCUGCCAAGAGAGGGCCGCCCACCAAAACUCACGGACCAGGCAAGGAGGGCAUUAAUCAGAGAGGCAACAAGAGACCAAAGAUAACCCUGAAGGAGCUGCAAAGCUCCACAGCGGAGAUUGGAGUAUCUGUCCAUAGGACCACUUUAAAGCGUACACUCCACAGAGCUGGGCUUUACGGAAUAGUGGCCAGAAAAAAGCCAUUGCUUAAAGAAAAAAAUAAGCAAACACGUUUGGUGUUCGCCAAAAGCCAUGUGGGAGACUCCCCAUACAUCUGGAAGAAGGUACUCUGGUCAGAUGAGACUAAAAUUGAGCUUUUUGGCCAUCACGGAAAACGCUAUGUCUGGCGCAAACCCAACACCUCUCAUCACCCCGAGAACACCAUCCCCACAGUGAAGCAUGGUGGUGGCAGCAUCAUGCUGUGAGGAUGUUUUUCAUCGGCAGGGACUGGGAAACUGGUCAGAAUUGAAGGAAUGAUGGAUGGCGCUAAAUACAGGGAAAUUCUUGAGGGAAACCUGUUUCAGUCUUCCAGAGAUUUGAGACUGGGACGGAGAUUCACCUUCCAGCAGGACAAUGACCCUAAGCAUACUGCUAAAGCAACACUCGAGUGGUUUAAGGGGAAACAUUUAAAUGUCUUGGAAUGGCCUAGUCAAAGCCCAGACGUCAAUCCAAUUGAGAAUCUGUGGUAUGACUUAAAGAUUGCUGUACACCAACGGAACCCAUCCAACUUGAAGGAGCUAGAGCAGUUUUGCCUUGAAGAAUGGGCAAAAAUCCCAGUGGCUAGAUGUGCCAAGCUUAUAGAGACAUACCCCAAGAGACUUGCAGCUGUAAUUGCUGCAAAAGGUGGCUCUACAAAGUAUUGCCUUUGGAGGGUUUAAUAGUUAUGCAGGCUCAAGAUAUCUGUUUUUUUGUCUUAUUUCUUGUUUGUUUCGCAAUAAAACAUAUAUUGCAUCUUCAAAGUGGUAGGCAUGUUGUGUAAAUCAAAUGAUACAAACCCCCAAAAAGGUUUUAAGGUGUUAUGAUGAUUUGUGAUACAAGAUUCAUGAACGUAUGUGCAACUCAUAAGCUGUAUGUGGACACAGGACAGGGACACACCAUGUGUUAGUGGUGUCACGAGUGAGUAAUUGAAGGUCAGUGUGCCAAGAUAGAUUGGGGGCCACUGGUGCUAAUCUUAGGAUGGGUGCGUGAUGGAAUGGCCUGGGUGCCACACUACACCAAGGAGGUAGAUGAUAUGGUGGUGGAUAAGUGACAAUUAAUAAUGGUUAGCAACUGGAUAAGAUAAAAGUAGGUUGGAAGAGCAGUAUAUAAACUGAGAGAUUAUCUAUGGAAGUCAUUCAGAUGGCAAGAGGCAAAGCCUGUCAUUGAAACAAACAUUGUAACCAUUAAAUAAUGACUGAAUCCAAUCUCCAUCUGUGUGACAUACUCUCUUGCAUCCUGAACUUCUCAAUACCAGAAACUCAUAAAAUAAGGCAACAUAAUAGGAAAAAUGCCAAGGGGGGUGAAUACUUUCGCAAGCCACUUUAUGUAGUACUGUGCGCCUCCCAUUGUCUGUUCUGGACUUGGGGACUGUGAAGAGCCCUCUGGUGGCAUGUCUUGUGGGGUAUGCAUGGGUUUCUGAGCUCAGUGCUAGUAGUUUAAACAGACAGCUCGGUUCAUUCAACAUGUCAAUGCUUCUUACAAAAGCAAGUAGUGAAGUUAAUCUCUCCUCUACUUUGAGCCACGAGAGAUUGACAUGCAAAUUAUUAAUGUUAGCUCUACAUGUACAUUUAAGGGCCAGGCGUGCUGUCGUGUUCUGGGCCAGUUGUACAUUUCCCAAGUCCCUCUUUGUGGCACCUGACCACACGGCUGGUCAGUAGUCCAGGAGCAACAAAACUAGGGCCUGUAGGACCUGCCUUGUUGAUAUUGUUGUUAAGAAGGCAGAGCAGUGCUUUAUUAUGGACAACCCUCUCCUGAUCUUAGCUACUGUUGCAUCAAUAUGUUUUGACCAUAACAGUUUACAAUCCAGGGUUACUCCAAGCAGUUUAGUCUCCUCAACUUGCUCAAUGUCCACAUUAUUCAUUACAAUAUUUAGUUGAGGUUUAGGGUUCAGUCAAUUAUUUGUCCCAAAUACAAUUCUUUUAGUUUUUGAAAUAUUUUGGACUAAUAUUUCUGCCACCCAUUCUGAAACUGACUGCAUCUCUUUGUUAAGUGUUGUAGUGACUUCACUCGCUGUAGUAGCUGACGUGUAUAGUGUUGAGUCAUCCACAUACACAGACGCACAGGCUUUACUCAGAGCCAGUGGCAGGUCAUUAGUAAAGUUUGAAAAAAGUAAGGGGCAGACACAGCUUCCCCACUAGUCUCCUGAGUGGCGCAGUGGUCUAAGGCACUGCAUCGCAGUGCUAACUGUCCACUAGAGAUCCUGGUUCGAAUCCAGGCUCUGUCGCAGCCGGCCGCGACCGGGAGACUCAUGGGCGGCGCACAAUUGGCCCAGCGUCGUCCAGGGUAGGGGAGGGAAUGGCCGGCAGGGAUGUAGCUCAGUUGAUAGAGCAUGGCGUUUGCAACGCCAGGGUUGUGGGUUUGAUUCCCACGGGGGGCCAGUAUAAAAAAAAAAAUAAAAAUAAAAAAAAAAUGUAUUCACUAACUGUAAGUCGCUCUGGAUAAGAGCGUCUGCUAAAAUGACUAAAAUGUAUAAAAUGUACCUGGAUUAUGUUGGAGAGGCUAAAAUUAAAGAACACCCUCUGUGUUCUGUUAGACAGUUAACUCUCAAUCCACAAUAUAGCAAGGGGUUAAAGUUUUUCCAGCACCAUGCUAUGAUUGAUAAUGUCAAAAGCCGCACUGAAGUCUAGCAAAACAACUCCCACAAUCUGUCUAGAAUCUGGAUGCAUGUCAUGUUUUCUGAGGGCCCACUGUUCAAUGUAACAUGAUAUCUGUGUGAACAUUUGCAUACCACACCAUGGCAAGCACUUUUUUUAUCUCACAAGUAUAAGAAUCAAGUGAGGAGGUUAGUUUAGGCAGUUCAUCAUGGAUUAGAAAUGGUCUGUCUACAUUUUGGAUUUAGCAUACUUUGAAUGUAAUAAAUAAUAUGAGUGCAGGAUACAAAGUAUAAUAUUGUUUGAUUUAGGCUAUGAGUAUGUUAUCAGGACAAUAGGAAAAACCAUCUAUAUUGGUGAGUAUAGAUGUGGGCAAAUCUAUCACUGUAACAAGAACAGGUAAAGGAAUUAUCAAUUUAGGUUGUCUGUUCUUUGUGAUUUGAUUGUUUUAACUUAUAUUUAAGCUACAGUACUAUACAGGAUUGUCUACUCUUCUUCAACUAUUGACAGCACAUCUUUACGAACUCCCAGGACCAUGGAGAACUCUACUCACUUUAAGGUCUUUAGGCUUGCUGCAUACGGUGAUAUCGGACAAAUGAAGUAUUUCUAUUUUGCUGUGGUAACUGUAUUAUAUUUUGUCAUCAUUCUUGCCAAUGCUUUCCUUAUUGGAGUUAUCUGCAUUGAAAAAAGCCUUAAUUAAUCCAUGCAUCUGUUUCUGUAUGCUUUGUUUGUUAAUCAGUUGCAUUGGCGAUUUUAGCAGGUAAAUCUUGGUGGGGCAAACACAUUUUUUGGGGUGAUGUAUGCCAGGUAAGCGAAACAGUUAAUUCAGCCUCAUUUACUGCCUUUAAAAAAAACAUAGCUAAUAUGGCUGACUUGCUUAAACAAAUGUGGUUUCAACUGACAAUUGAGAUGUACAAACGAUGGCAUAAGGGGACGACAAGCAGAUAAGAGGCAAUCCAUAAUUUCGAUUAAGACAUUAAUGAGCGAGCUAGGACGGACGUAGUCAGUAUGACUAUUUGUUCAGCACUUUUGAAAUGUACAGCGACAUAAUUCAGAACAUGGGCCAUUCUUACAGUGUUCGCCCUGUACACCAAGUCAGAACCGUAGGAUAAAUAAUGGGGGCAUAUAAGCAGACAAUGAAAGCUUUUAUAAUAUUCAAUGAUUAUAAUAUCUCUAAAACAGGUUAUAGGCUACUUGUGCACCACCAAGUCAGAACAGCAGGUGAAAUUAAGAGGAGAAAAUAGACCAAAUUAUUAGGGUGAGGCACAUGGGCUACUAACAGCUUACUACAUAACAUACACUUAGUAUUACUUUCUAAGCUGCAGUAUACAUAUCUCCAUGGCAUAUUACAUAAUUUAUGCAGCAGCAUACAAUACAUUUUUGGACUCACCUUGUUGUGCUGCGCUCACUUGAACAGGAAGGUGGCGCGGCGGUCCUUCGUGGGAAAAUUUUGUCAUCAAACUUUGUCAUCAAAGUCUGACAUUCUCUGGAUUUAUGGUGCUUUCAAGACAACUGAGAACUCUGAAAAAAACAAGGUUGAAUCAUGAUAACGUCAGGGAUCUUCAGGUCGUAGCUCUGGAAAGAAGCCAGAGUUCCCAACUUACAAUUCCAAGUGGGAAGCUUGUUUUUUCCCAAGUUCACAGUCUUAAACUAAGUAAGAUUUCCCAGUUUCGAGUAAACAGUUGUUAUGAGCAUGACAGAAAUCAUGCUGGAUUGACAGCAUGGCCAAUGUUGAAUGUUUAACAUUAUAAGCUUGGAAAAGAGACCCAUAAACCCAGACUUGGGACCACAAAGCCACUCCACUGAAUAGCAGGCUAGUGAUUUCUUUGUAAUGCUUGCAGUUAGUCACUGAUUCCUUCCAAACCACUCAUGGUUGAAUUUGCCAUUUCCAACUUGUGUAACGUUUAUGUCCAAUGGCCGAUGAGCACCGAUAAGUUUUGUUUAUAAUUUCUCUUCAUUAUUUCUCUUCAUAUGACAAGUAUUAAAACAUAUUUGCCAGUAGAUUGUCGACUUGAUUCAUGAUGAUGACUGCUAGCUAAGAUUUUGAAAGUAUGAUGUUGACAUGAUCAAUCCAAUCAAAGCUACUGUAGAUGUACAUGAUUUGAUGUGAAUAUAUAUGUGGCCAAUGACCUUGAGCCUUCUUGGAUGGCCACUUCUAAUGUAACUCUAUGUCAGCACCCAAGGGGCUUGAAUUUUCGAGCUCUACCCUUAGAUUUGGCGGUGACGGAGUGUCCCCAUGAAAAACAUGUUUUUAUUGUUUGUAAACUAAUAUGUGACACGUAUUAAUGCCAAAAUAACAUGCGAAACAGACUGUAUUGUGUCAACUAUUCCGCAGUCAAGCUUGCAUUUUCAAAUACUACGCUGAAUAACAUAUGGGGUCUUGUUGCCACUUUGCUUUCUUUUUGUUGUACUUUAUUUCCUACCAUAUACUCAUAUGUCAGAAUUCUACAAAUAUGUGUAAAGUCUUCGAAAGAGACGAAACAGAAAGCAUUUAACACUUGUACAGCACAUAUAGCCUCUUUGCUGAACUUCUCCUUUGGCUUGUUUGUUAUUCUACAAGGCAGAUAUGAAACUGCAUUUCCACCUAUACUUCACACUAUUGUAUUUGUUUAUUUUCUACUAUGUCCACCAUUUUUUUAUCCUAUUAUAUAUGACAUCAGGCAGGCUUGUAAAAAGAUACUAUGCCUUUAACCUACAAUAUAUACAGAUGUUUUCUUUUAGUUUUUUAUGUAAUCGAUGCUAUAAUUGACUAUACAGAUAUGUAGGAUUUUUGCAUAAUUUCUCUGUAGCCCAAAUAUUAUUCAAGAAAUUGCAUGAAGUUUAUCAUGCAUUGUCACUGAGAAUGUUUUGUAUCUGAUCAUAAUUCACCAAUUAAAAAUGGUGUUCCCAAAACUCACGUAUCUCUAUUACUUUCAAACCUCAGAAGUCUUAUAAAUGUACAUAUAUUAUCGGUAUGUUUUUUUUUAAGAAAAAGAUUUUAAGGGGGAUAUGAAUUAUUUUUGUUAAAAAUAUUGUGUUUAGUCCGAACUAACACAUAAUCAAAUAAUUUGCGUUCAUUCACAGCCAUACACACUCAAGCCUUGUACGACCUAGGAAUUGCUGCCUUGACCACAGAAAGAAAAUUAACAAAGGCUACAGAGAACUCAACCCAAGUCAAGUUCUUUUAACUCUUUGGCAUGCAACAUCUCAGUCUAUUUCAUCUUGCCUCUUAUCACAUACCUAUUCAAUAUUAAUGUGAAUCUGACUCUGAUCAUUAAAAUCAUUCAAAGGCCGCCAUGAGCACAUUGAUAUAUUUCAUUGUAAUUUACAGUGUGUCAAUGGAUUGUACAGAACCACUGGUUUCUACCCCAAGUUCUUACUGGACCUUCAGUCAGAUGUUCAGGUGAUAUCUUAUGGUGGAUGUUUGAUUCAAGCCUAUGUAAUAUACACAUCUGUCCUCUGUGAAAUUACUAUUCUAACAGUGAUGUCUUAUGACAGGUAUGUGGCAAUAUGCAGACCAUUACUAUAUCAUACCAUUGUGACAUCUUUAACUGUUAGAAAGUUACUCUUCUUUCUUGGUGUUAUCCUUUAUUUAUAGCACUCAUAAUACUUAGUUUAACAGUCAGAAUUCCUUUGUGUGGAUCUCGCAUUGAUAAAAUAUUCUGUGACAAUCUGUCUAUACUAAAGUAUUAAUGUUUACUCAUUACCAUCAAUUGGAUUUGGAGCCCAUGUUUAAUAGUGGUUCAUGUUUUACAGGUACUUUUCAUUGCCUUGUCUUACUGUCAGAUUG